GCUCAUUUUGGAGGGAAAAUAAAGAUAAAUUCUCUUACACCAGAGUAAAUUUUGUUAUAAUUUAGUGAUAAUAACAAUAAUUCAAAAAAAUAUUUCAUGUUUGCUGUACGAUACAAACUUGAAAUAAGUUAAAAUGCCUCAAACAUCGAUUACUUCGUUCUUUAAUAGCCGAAAACGACCUGCAUCCGAAGACAUAGUUGGGUCCAAAUCAAAAAUCGCACAUAUCGAAAAAAACAUAGGAACUGGCUCCAGACCUGUGCGCAAAACUAUCGUCCAAAAAUGUAAUAUCAAGGAUGUAAGAAACUCAUUUGCAGUGCCCAAUGGAAUUAAAUUAAAUGGUCUGAAGAACACCGUUACCACACACGACUGUACGAUUCAAAUCUGUCCCUCCAAAAAUGUGCCAGAGCAGAAAGAUGUGAAAGUUUUUGCUAAGAAACAGAAUACUUCUAAUAUCUCUAAUAAUACUGAGCUGCCUAAAGUUGCAAAUGUGAAUUCUGCUCGUAAAGAAUUGAGCUUAGGGGACAUUCGAAAAAAGUUAUCAGGCAGCUCGAGGCUUGCGGAGCUGCGAGCGACUGCCGAGCGCCUCAGCAAGGGUAUACAGGAUCUGAAAGAGGCCAGUGACAAGAAAAACCUUAGGGAAUUUAAAUCUAUUCAUGUGGAAGUACCUUCAAGUCCAAGCAAGAAAGCAUUCAUUCAAAAAGAACUUUCUCCUAAGAAAGAAAUUUGCUCUCAAUACCUCAUUUCCCCGAGGAAGGUCAUUAUUAGUCCCAUCAAGAGUCCAAGCAAGGUACCGGCAUACAUUCGCCAUGCAUCCUUGGCCUCAUCACCAACAAGUCUUCCUCUGCCUCAUCAGUAUCGAAUCCUAGCUGAGCUCUUCCGUGGCAUGGAGACCGUCGUGGCGUUACUUUACAACAGGGAUGAAAAGAUCACAUUCAACAAACUCAAAACUUCAGUGCAAGAAAUGCUUAAACGAAACUUCACUGAAAAGCACUUGGCACAAAUUAAGCAACUAGUGCCUGAUUUCUAUAAUUUUGAGAUUCGAAAGGGAAAAAAUUUUGCUACAUCUGCACAAAAAGAAACAUAUGAGCUUGUAAUAUCUCCAAAUAUCCCCUCUGAUAUUAAAACAAUGAAUCCAAGUGUCCUGUUGGAAAGACGGAGAUACUUUUUUGAUACUUUACUCCAAUUGGCUAAGAAACAUCAUGCCCAAUUUUUGGCAACUCUCGAUCCCCCAAUGAUUAUUCCAGAUGAUAAGCUAACACGUUGGCAUCCAGAAUUCGAAAUUGAAAAGGUUCCAGAAGUUGAAUGUGCUAAACUUCCUGAAAUCCCUAACAUGGAGAAAUUGUCCUCUGCUCAAGAUGUUCUCUCAAAGGCGCGUGAACUAUUCAAAUGUAACACGAAAAUGGAAAGAGCUUUAGAAAAAUUAGCACAAGCACAAGCCAGAGGAUUGACUGAGCAAGAAAAGAUGAUAACUGGUAUGGACAACAGCAAAACAAUCACAAAUGUUGCUACACAAACUCAUCAACCUUCUACUAGUGUAGUAAAUAUUAUAAAUCCUGCACUUCGCAACUUACCGGCCGCUUUGCUUGAAAAAGUAAAGGCUAAGCAGGCUGCAAAGGCCAUUGAAGCAAUGACCAGGUCAUCGCAACGCGACGAGAAGUUUAUGAUCUACAGCCGUCUGCCUGAUUUAGCAAGAACAUUGAGAAACAUAUUUGUAACAGAGAGAAAGAAUGUACUAGCAUUAAACAUUAUUCUCUCCAAGUUGGAGAGCAGUUUCAAAUCGAAAGUAUCAGCAAGUGAUUUGCAAAGAGAUAUUCAAAAGCUUGGUGAAGAAACACCAGAGUAUAUAAAACUCCAUAAUAUUAGAAAUACAGCAUAUCUAAAAUUGGACAAAAAUGCGGACUUAAAUAAAAUUACUAGCAAGUUGGAAGCAUUGGCAGAAAAAUAUAAAGAAUGAUUAAACCAAAUAAGGUAGAUUGACAUACAAGAUCAAGACUGAGUAAGUUAUUUAAUCUUUAGUUUCAUACUUUAUUAGUUAUUUAGAAAUGGACCACAUUCUCAUAAUAUAUUAAACGGAAAUAACUCAAUUAUUUGUUAUAUACAACAACUAAUUAAACAUACUUCAAUAUUUGGACAUUUUAGUGUACCUAUUAAAUUUGUUUUCUAUUAUCGUUAUUACAAACUAAGCUAAAAUCAUUUCGUGAUGA